CCUUGGUACAGAUAUGACUGCCUUGGACAAGGUGCACAUUGUCUUGCCCCGGCGCUGCUGCUCCCAUUGGCCCAUUCUGACCAUUACAGGGACUGGACAUCUUUAAAAGGAGGCAAAAGAGAUCUGAGUCAGGCACAAAAUUUCUUAGGCUCCCACCAAGAGCUUCUGUGACUAUUGCCUCCCUCAGGACCACUGCCUCAGAAGGCCGAAACAAUGUGUAACCGAUUUGUGGGAACCUGGAAACUUGUCUCCAGUGAAAAUUUCGAUGACUACAUGAAGGAACUGGGAGUGGGCUUAGCGACCAGGAAACUGGGUGGCCUGUCAAAGCCCAAUGUGAUCAUCAGUAUGAAAGGGGACAUAGUAACCCUCAGAACAGAAAGCACCUUCAAAAAUACAGAGAUUUCCUUCAAAUUGGGUCAGCAGUUUGAUGAAACAACAGCAGAUGAUCGUAAAGUCAAGAGUGUUGUAACCCUGGAGAAAGGGUCAUUGGUUCAAGUUCAGAAGUGGAAUGGCAAAGAAACCACAAUAAAAAGAAGACUUGUCGAUGGGAAAAUGGUGGUGGAGUGUGCCAUGAAAGGGGUUGUCUGCACCAGAGUCUAUGAAAGAGUGUGAAGAAACAGCUUCUCUGCACCGGACUGGGACUGGCUCUAAAAAUUCACCCAAGUUCAGUGACCAAAGCUUCAUGCACUGUGCUUCUUUAUUUUAUUUCUUUUUAUAGGGAAAAUGACUGCAUUAUGAUUUGAUAUUCCAGAGCCAUAGUGUGACUAAUUCCGAAUAUUGUGGUGCCUCAAUAAAAGCUUCUCAAUAAAUUGAGUGUCUGCACAUCA